ACCGGCCCGAGACGCCGGGGGCGGUGGGCACUGUCCCCGGCUGUCGAGUCGGGGCAUCCGGACCCCGCACCCGGGGUUCCCGUCGGCCCUGCGGAGGGAGGAGCUGCGGGGCGGCACGGGCGGCGAUGGCGGAGGACAGGGGGACGGGCCGGGGCCGGGGGCACCCGAGGUCCUCAGGAGGUCCCGUCUGCCGGGCGCACCAGGUGUCGGGUCUGGCCGGCCCCCGCAGCCUGAGAAGCAUGAAGCUGCUGUGUUUGGUGGUCGUGGUCGGCUGUUUGCUGGUGUCCCCGGCUCAAGGCAACAAGAGUUCUCAAGAUAUCCGGUGCAAAUGCAUCUGUCCGCCAUACAGGAACAUCAGUGGACAUAUUUACAACCAGAAUGUGUCGCAGAAGGACUGCACCUGCCUGCACGUGGUGGAGCCCAUGCCCGUGCCCGGCCACGACGUGGAGGCCUACUGCCUGCUGUGCGAGUGCAGGUACGAGGAGCGCAGCACCACCACCAUCAAGGUCAUCAUUGUCAUCUACCUGUCAGUGGUGGGGGCCCUCCUGCUCUACAUGGCCUUCCUGAUGCUGGUGGAUCCUCUGAUUCGAAAGCCAGAUGCAUACACGGAACAGCUGCACAAUGAGGAGGAGAACGAGGACGCUCGCUCUGCGGCCGUCGCCGCUGCCUCCUUCGGGGGCCCCCGAGCAAACACGGUCCUGGAGCGCGUGGAGGGCGCGCAGCAGCGGUGGAAGCUGCAGGUGCAGGAGCAGCGGAAGACGGUCUUCGAUCGGCACAAGAUGCUCAGCUAGAGGGGCCGGCGCAGUCGGGUCAAGGACCAGAGGCCACGGCUGCCACGUCCACGGCUCGCGGAGCCAGGGGCCACUCUUCUGUCCCUCACUGCCACCUUCCUGGGCCUUCCCUUUGAAAGCAUUUUCCCCCCUUCUCUCUCUCUUUAGGAAUGUCGUUCCCAGCUGAUUUAAUUCGGGAAGACAUGGGGUCCCUGAUCUCCAGUUUGCCUGCUCAGGUCCUCGGGCUUGAGGGGUGGGGAGGGCCGGCCAAGAGGGAAUGGGCACGUCUUGGGUGGCCUCGGGGUGGAAGGAGCCUGUCCUUGUUCCACCCUUGCCGCCCUGCAGCUGCAGAUCCCGGGAAGGUCACUACACUCUGGGAGGUCGAGCUGGGUCAUCAGGACUCAGCGUGUGGGAGGAAAGCCUGGCCCCACAUCAGCAUGUGCUGCUUGCUGCUGUGUUCAGCGGCACCUUCCUCCCACCCCGAUGCCUGCCUUCUACCCCACGUGGCCUGGCUCAGCUCUCAGGAUGGCGCUGAUGGGGGAGCUGGUGACACGGAGCCCCACUCUGGUCUCCAGGCGCCUGGCCGCUCGCCCCAGCUUCCUCCUGCCCUGUGCUCUCCCAUCCACGCGUGGCGGUGUCCGUGCACCUCGCUUCCGCUGCUGCCCAGUCCCUCAUGCCCACUCAGGAGGCUGGGCAGCCCCCCACCUCCCCGAGUCUGCAGUCGCUGAGCUAGACGGUUGGUGGGAGCACACAGCACGAGGCCGGGCGGUGGCUCUGGAUACCGGAGGCCCCGUCCUCGGAUGGCCACUCGUCCCUGAAUGUCAUUGCACCAGUGCAUGGAGAGACGUGCUCGUUCUGCCGUUGUCUGUAGAUCAAGGAAGCCAUCAUUAAAUUGUCUUAUUUCUCUCA